AUGGAAGCUGGGAGAAUGGAUCAGCCUUUCAUGGCUGCUAUCAAUAGCCAGCCUUUGGUGGCUGAAAUUGAGCCAGUGAAGAAAGCCAGCGGGGACAUGCCUGCUGCAAUGGGAAGUGGGUGCUUUGACUGCAACAUCUGCCUUGAUUUUGCAGCAGAACCAGUGGUUACUCUGUGGUCAUCUGUACUGCUGGCCUUGUAUCUACGAGUGGCUGCACCGCACCCUGGGGUGGAGUCAACUGCCAGCGAAAACAGCAGUCCAGCAAGGCGGCAAUGUCGCGUAUGCAAGGCAACGCUCUCCCCAAACACCCUUGUGCCACUAUGCGGCCAUGGAGGGAACUCAAAGAAGUCGCUGAACGGCAUGGCCAUCCCGCGUCGCCCCAUGGUACACGUACACCAGGAGACUGUUAAGCAUCAGAAUGCACAGAGCAACGUCAAUCCUCAGCACCAGCCAUUGCAGCACCGACGCCACCAUCCCAGUCCCACUGGAUUCGACUCCAUCUACCCUCCAGCACCAGUGGGUCAUGGCUUGAUCAACUCAACUGCCGGAGGGGUGCUCGGAGGGAUGACAGAGGCCGUGCUUCCGUGGGCGCUCCGUGGCCAGCUGCCAGCGAGCUUAGCUUGUACGACACAAGCCCGUACCAUGUUGCGGUGCAGAACAUGA